UCGAGUUUGACAUCGGAAGUAGAUUGUUCAAGCGUAGUCGCGGAAGAUAUAACAACAAUUCCAGCCCGUUGUCCCUUAUAAACGCAUACUAUAGCCCACACUAAUGUAGUGUUGAUACGAUAUCAACUUUGAUUAACCCACAUUUCCAACACGCCCCGUGAGCGAAUCGAAACAUGCUCUAAACACUAAACCUCUUGUGUUUUACGACUUCUAACGUCUUCCGUUAAGAUGAAUGACGGGACAGACAAGAACCGAGAGUUUCUGGAGCAGCUGCGGAUGCAGCAGAUGUACGGUCAGAGGAACGUAGGCGGCUCUGACCCGUACUCCUACACGGACCCGCAGGAUGGCACCAUCUAUGACUGGGACCACGACAAGAAAGCUUGGUUCCCAAAAAUCACCGAGGACUUCAUCGCCGCCUACCAGGCCAACUACGGCUUCAAGGAGGACGGCACCCCGGACGCCAACGCCGCUCUAACGGACGACACCAAGCCAGCAGCCCCCAGCACCAAAGACAAGGGGGGCGCUCACCCAGAGCCCGCCCACACGCCCGGUCAGGACGCGGCCAUGGACGCCAAGCAGAAAGGAGACAAGAGGAAAGCAGAGGCAGCUUGGUUUGACGUGGACGACAAUAAGAACACCAACGUCUAUGUUUCAGGCUUACCCCUUGACAUCAGCAGCGAGGAGUUUGUGGAGUUAAUGUCCAAGUGUGGCAUCGUCUUGAGGGACCCCGUCACGGAGGAGUACAAGGUGAAGCUCUACAAAGACGGACAAGGCAACCUCAAGGGAGACGGCCUCUGCUGCUACCUCAAGAAGGAGUCUGUAGCCCUGGCUGUGCGUCUGAUCGAUGAGUCGGAGGUCAGAGGUUACAAGCUUCACGUGGAGGAGGCGCACUUUGAGCUGAAGGGUCAGUACGACGCCACCAAGAAGAAGAAGAAGAACAAGGACUACAAGAAGAGACUACAACAACAACAGAAGCAGUUGGACUGGAGGCCGGAGAAAAAGGGAGAAGUGAGGAAGAGGUUUGAGAAGGUUGUCAUCAUCCAGAACAUGUUCCAUCCAAGCGACUUUGAAGAAGACCCGCUGGUGCUGAACGAGUACCGGGACGACCUGCGCACCGAGUGUGAGAAGUUUGGCCAGGUCAAGAAGGUCAUCGUCUUCGAUAGACAUCCGGACGGGGUCGCCUCCGUAGCGUUUAAGGAGCCAGAACACGCAGACUUGUGCAUCGCGGCGCUUAACGGACGCUGGUUUGGAGGGAGGCAGCUGUCUGCGGUCCUCUGGGAUGGAACCACGGACUACCAGGUGGAAGAGACGUCUAGAGAGCGUGAGGAGCGCCUCAAAGGCUGGUCUAAAUUCCUGGACCCAGGAGCCAAAAAAGAGGGGGACCCAAACUCGACUGUCCCAGCCGGUGGACCAGAGCCCGCCCCUGACACAUCAGGCCCCGCCCCUGACACAUCAGGCCCCGCCCCUGACACGUCAGGCCCCGCCCCUGACACGUCAGGCCCCGCCCCUGACACGUCAGGCCCCGCCCCUGUCACGUCAGGCCCCGCCCCUGUCACCUCAGGCCCCGCCCCUGUCACCCCAGACCCUGCCUCUCACAAACCAGGCUCCACCCCAAACAAGCCAGAGCCUAGUUCUGAUCUGAGGAGCACCACCUCCCAGCCCAGCACCACCACCCAGCCCAGCACCACCACCCAGCCCAGCACCACCACCCAGCCCAGCACCACCACCCAGCCCAGCACCACCACCCAGCCCAGCACCACCACCCAGCCCAGCCUGGACAUGGAAACACGGCCCAAAGAGCAGCGAGAAGAGGAAGCUGACUCCACCGACAGCAGCCUAGCAGGGAGUGAUGAGGAGGCCUGAUGGGACCUGCCACCAAGCGAACUGAACUGCCGCAAAACACGAGAGAUGUCGCUGUGUUAAGACGUUAAAUGUUUCGUAAUUGGGUCACAGCAGAGAAUUAAAAUGUUUUUCCAAAUGUUGUGAUUCUCUUUCUUAGGUAGUCAGACAACAAUGCAUAGAUAUAAUGUAAUUAAUUCUAACUAUAGACCGCAUUAUUUUGAAUGCGGUCUGUAGUUAGAAUUUAGAAGAGAGUCAAGACCUACUUUAAUGGAGUUGAUAAUGAUGCCUACCUGCAGUACCAUUGUGGUGCCUGCUACGUCAACAGGGGUCUCCUGAACCCUCGAUGGGCUGGCUGUUUGCAGCGUUACUUUCACACAUACGUUCUUCAGGAAUACGUAAUUUAUUGACAAACUGACCACUAAUAAUCUUGACAGAGGACCCGAUUCCAUCCUUGUUAAAGUCCACUGAAUAGGAGCCCCCCCUCUGCAGCCAUCAGCAUGGGCAUAAAAAGUGGUCUUUAGUUGAUUUGAGACAUUUCCUGUGCUCCCGUUCCUCUGAAUGCAUUUUAUUCUUAAGGGUAUUUGUGUACCCUUAACACGAGCUACUCUCUAAUCAAGAGUAAAAAUAACUAAGGAUGAAUUCAUGAGGGAAUGGUCACCAAUAAAAUGAUUUAUUAUGAAAAUAAAAGUACAUCGUCAAAAAUAUACAGGUAUGAAAUGCAUCUCAUUCAUGUAUCUCAAACAUUCCCAUUUGCG